UUAAAUAAUCUGUUAACUUGCUUCUUCUUCUUCUUUCUUCAUCUUCAUCUUCAUCUUCGCUUCACAAUCUCUUUGAGACUUUUGCAUCGGAGCAAUAAUAAUAUAUUCAUCGCAAAAUCAGUGAAUUUUGAUAUUCAAAUCUUAAUCGGCGAUGGAACGAACAAGCAACGGAGGAAUGUUGUAUCACGAGGUUCAAGAGUCAAAUCUGUGCGCCGUACACUGCGUCAACACGGUGUUGCAAGGGCCUUUCUUCUCUGAAUUCGAUUUGGCUGCCGUCGCCGCCGAUCUAGACGGGAAGGAGCGUCAGGUUAUGCUUGAAGGUGCUGCCGUUGGAGGUUUUGCUCCCGGCGAUUUCUUAGCUGAAGAGUCGCACAAUGUUUCCCUCGGCGGCGAUUUUAGUAUCCAGGUCUUGCAAAAAGCUUUGGAAGUGUGGGAUCUACAAGUAAUUCCACUCAAUUGUCCAGAUGCAGAGCCUGCGCAGAUAGACCCUGAGCUUGAAAGCGCCUUUAUCUGCCACUUGCAUGACCAUUGGUUUUGUAUAAGGAAAGUGAAUGGCGAAUGGUAUAACUUUGAUAGUCUCCUUGCUGCCCCGCAACAUUUAUCGAAGUUCUACCUUUCUGCGUUCUUAGACUCUCUCAAAGGCGCAGGAUGGAGUAUCUUCAUAGUGAAAGGAAACUUCCCUCAGGAAUGUCCCAUGUCGUCUUCUUCUGAAGCUUCCAAUAGUUUCGGGCAGUGGCUUUCUCCUGAAGACGCAGAGAGAAUAAGAAAGAACACGAGCUCAGGUUCUUCUGCCAGAAACAAGAGAAGUAAUGACAAUGUUAAUCAACAAAGACGGAAUCAGGCAUUGUCACGUGAGGAAGUGCAGGCUUUUUCAGAGAUGGAAGAUGAUGACUUGAAGGCAGCAAUUGCAGCAAGUUUGCUUGAUGCUUCUGCUGCUGAGGCCAAUCUCGGAGCUGUGGGCACUUCUGAAAAGGAAACUGAGAAACAAAAGUAGCAGAGAAAAUAGAGAACAAGUGUUAUUGAUGGAGGUGGUGGGAUAUUCACUUUUGUUUCUUUGUUUUGGUUUGUUAUCAAGAGUUAUCAACAAUUUUACAUACAGAACAGAGAAAGAAAAAAGCUUACAUCGAAAGAUAGAAAACAGAGGAUAAUAAAUGGUUUGUGGAAUUGUUUUUGUUUGAUUUUUUUACCAUAUUAAAUUCUUCUGACAAUCUUAAAUUGAGGAUAAAGAUUCGACCUUUUCGAAUUCAU